AUGGCAACCAUCAGCUCUGGUAAAUCAUCCACGGCAGCUGAUAAACUCCGUGAUCUUCUUACACAAUUAGACCAUCAAGGUUCUCCUUCAUCACCUACACAUCAUUCAAGUUCACCUAAAACGUUUAAAGAUACGCCGAAAUCAAAUGAACUUUAUUUACUUGUUCAAGCAUCUGAUGAGAUAAGUCAUCGAUUGAACCAUGAAAAUGAAGCAUUACGUAAUGAUAACUCAAAACUUCGAUCAAAUGUUGUUACUCUAGUCGAAGAAAAUAAUCGACUACAUGAAGAAAUUCGUAGUACAUUUGUUUCCGAUAUGCUGCGUUUAAUUAACAUUGAUGAAGGACAAUCAAUGACGGAUAAAGAAUCACAAAUUGCUGAUCUUUAUACGAAAAAAAUGCGUCAUCUUGAAAUCGAACUCAAAGAUGCAAAAGAAAAACUAAGUAUGUAUGAAACAGUUUGGCAAGCACCCAAUGAUCUUAUGAAUUGUCUUAAAUGUGGUGCUCUACUUCCAUUUGGUCAACAUUCUACUGAGCAUAAUGAAAAAUUCGCCAAUAUUUUAACAGAAAAUGAAAGCAAUAAACGAAAAUUACAACAAAUCCAAGUGAAAUUUGAUGAAGCACAAACGAAAGAACACAGUGCAUUAGCUAAAUUACAAGAAUGCAUUCAAAUUGCUGAGCACAGUCAAUUUGAAAAGAAUGAAGCUGUUGUUGAACGUGAUCAAACUAGAAUUGAACUUGUUGAAACACAAAAGCGAUUAAAGAAAUUUAUCGAUGAAAUGAACGAAACAAUUAAUAUUGAAAAACAAAAAGCUGAAAAAUUAUGUGACGAAAAAUUAAAAGAAAAUUCCGAAAAAAUGCGACAAGCAGAAGAACGAUGUUCACAAUAUGAGUUAACCAUCGAUCGAUUAGCUAGAGAAAAAACUUCUUUGGCAGCUGAUUUAGAUGAAUGGAAAAAUCGAAUACACAGACAAGAAAUUGAUCUAAGUCAAGCGUCGGAUUCUGUUAAACUCCAAAUACAAAAGGCGAUGCGUGAACGUGAUCAGGCGAAUUCAAAUACAAUGCAAAUUCGAACGGACUUCGAAAAAUUAUUAUUACAAAGCAAUCAAGAUAUACUUCAACUUCGUCAUCAACUGGGCUCUUCUCAAAAUCGUUUCAAUGAUAUUGAAGGUGAAUUGUUAAAUUCUAAAAAACAUUGUCUUGAAUUAACAGAAGAGAUCAAUCGUCUAACUCGAGAGAAUCUAAUGCUGAAAAGUAUUAAACAAACUCUUGAACGAUCGCGUGAAGAAAAUAUCGAUGCUAUAACUGUUAUAUUAAAUAAGCGUGAAGAAGAUUUUCGUACAACCAUCGAAAAGCUUGAGAUAGAACGUCAUCAAUCGUUAUCCUAUCUUGAAGAUCUUGUUUGCAGUCAGAAUACAAUAUUGAAUAAAUUACGUUUACAUUCGCGGCAAUUAACAUGCGAAAUUGAAACAUUACUCGAACAAAAGCAGGAGAUUGUUCAAGAAAUGACUGUUGAAAAUCAAGAAUUACGCAUGAAAUUGUCCAAUGCUUAUGAACGUCUUGAACAAACCGAUACGCAACUGUUACAACAUAAUGAAACACAUGUUAAAUUGAAACAUCGUAUUAUAGAGUUGAACAAUAAAAUGAAAGAAUAUGAAAAUAUUAUAAAUCAAAUCAAAACAAAGGAUUUAAUCGACUAUCAACAACGACUUGCUCUGAUGUCACAACGUAGUUAA